GUUUCUGUCUGUGUGCAUGAAUUAUUAAUCUUUGAAAACAUGACCAGAAACAAUACAAAGCAUAACGAAAAUGAUUAUAAGCUCCUCAUAAUAAGAAAUUUAAGAUUCAUAAGAUGUUUUCAAUGUUUCUAAUUUUAGGAUAUUACAGAGUUGAUGUCCACAUUGAGGAGAACCAGGAAAAACAAGAGAAACCUCUUUGGCAAGUAAUAUUCAUUGAUAAUAAACCAUUGAGUAAAGAAAGGCAGAUAGUUUUAGGAAAACCAAUUAAUCUGGAUAUAACUGCAGAUUUUUCAGGAAAAAUGCCCUGUGAAUGUGACUCACGUAGAAUGAAGUUGCCACUUGUUUCUGACUUAAUUAUUAAUGAUAGAAACUUUCCAAGAAAGGUUGAUUACACGAAUGUAUGUGAAAAGUUGCAGCUUGAUAUCAAACAUGAGAAAGCUCAUCCUGAAGAGAGGUCUUACGAGUAUAAAAAUGUGAAUGCUCUCAGUCAUAAGAGAGAUCAUCUGAAAUUUCCAACUCUGGAGCAACCUUUUGAAUGUAAUGAAUUUGGAAAAGUUUUACAUGAUAACACUUUUGUCUGUGUUAUAGUUAAGAAUUCUCUAACAAGAAAGGAAUAAUGUAAGGAUGAUGUAUUUGGGAAAAGCUGUGAUAACGCAACUCUAUUUAACCACAGGAGAACUGGUACAAGGGAGAAAUGCUUUGAUCUUAAUGAAUGUGGGAGAUCCUGUGACAAAGCCACUAUUGUGGAAUAUGAUAAAGUUCAGAUGACUAUGACACACUAUGAAUGUAAUGAAAGUGGAAAUAAUUUCAACAGGAAUUUACUCCUCAUUCAACCUCAGAGAACUGUUACAAGAACUGUUAAAAGAACUGCUUUUGAAAGCAGUAAAUGUGAGGAAAACUUGACCCAAAGAUCAGCCCAUCUGGUACAUCAGAAGAUACAAACUGGAGAUAAGGUCUGUGUUUUUAAUGGAUGUACAAGUGCCUCCUACCAGGAUUUAGACCUUACAAUAAUACAUCAGAGAACUCAGACAGAAGAGAAAUUCUAUCAAUGUGGUAAACAUCGGGAAUCCUUACAUCAAAACUCACUUUUCAGUGUAAAUCAGGAAAAUGGUAUAGGAGAGAAGUCAUUUGAAAGUAAUGAAUGCAGUAAGUUCUUUUACCAGAAAGCACACCUCAUUCAGCAUCAGAGGACCCACUCAGAGGAGAAGACUUGUGAAUGUGAGGAGUGUGGGAAGUUCUUCUGUUCAAAUUCACACACUAUUCAUUAUCCUGGAACUCAUAUGGGGGCCCGUCUCUAUGAAUAUAAUGAAUCUGAGAAAACUUUCUGUCAGAUGUCAAACCUCAGUGAACAUCUGACAGUUCACACAAAAGAGAAACCUUAUGAUAACAAUGAAUGUGGGAAAUCUUACAAGAAGUGUGCCCUCUUAGUACAUCAGAGAACACACAAAGAGAUUAAACUCUAUCAAAAUAAUGAAUAUGGGAAAUCAUUCUCCAGGAUGGCACAGAUCAAAGAACAUCAGAGAAUUCACACAGACGAGAAACCAAAUGAAUGUAUUGAAUGUGGGAAAACAUUCUCCAAGACAUCACAUCUCAGAGCACAUAAGAGAAUUCACACAGGCAAAAAACCCCAUGAAUGUAUUGCAUGUGGGAAAACUUUCCCUAACAAGACACACCUCAGUGCACAUCAGAGAAUUCAUACAGGGCGGAAACCCUAUGAAUGUAAUGCAUGUGGGAAAACUUUUCCCCAGAAGACACACCUCAGUACCCAUCAGAGAAUUCACACAGGGGAGAAACCGUAUGAAUGUCGUGAUUGUGGGAGAUCUUUUGCCCAUAAUUCAACCCUUAGAGUACAUCAGAGAAUUCACACUGGUGAGAAACUCUAUGAAUGUAAUGGCUGUGAGAAAACUUUCACUCAUAAUUCAGCCCUCCAAGUACAUCAAAGAAUUCACACUGGGGAGAAACCCUAUGAAUGUAAUGCAUGUGGGAAAACUUUCUCCAAGACAUCACAUCUCAGUACACAUCAGAGAAUUCACACAGGGGAGAAACCCUAUGAAUGUGAUGCAUGUGGGAAAACUUUUUCCAGGAAGAUACACCUCAGUACACAUCAGAGAAUUCACACAGGGGAGAAACCCUAUGAAUGCAAUGCAUGUGGGAAAACUUUUUCCCGUAAGACAAAUCUCGGUACCCAUCAGAGAAUUCACACAGGUGAGAAACCGUAUGAAUGUAGUGAAUGUGGGAAGUCUUUUGCCCGUAUAUCUGGUCUGAGAUCACAUCAGAGAAUUCACACAGGGGAGAAACCCUAUGAGUGUAAUGAAUGUGGGACAGCUUUUGCCCACAAUUCAACUCUCAGAGAGCACCAGAGAAUUCACACAGGGGAGAAACCACAUGAGUGUACUGAAUGUGGGAAAACUUUUGCUCGUAAGGCAGUUCUUCGAGUGCAUUAUAACAGAAGGCACACCAGAGAGAAAAACCUCCUAUGUGAUGAGUUUGGGAAGUUUUGA